CGUUUUAAAGGAGGAGGAAGACGGGUCAGUGUUUCCCUGUUUAUGUUUCCUGAGCAUCAAGAGGACGAACGCAGUUUAGCAUAAAUACUGACAGACGGAUCGAACAUUAACAGCGAAUAUGCAGCCCGGACACUCUGUGAACUGCGGGGCAGCCCAGCGAUAGUUCAUAUGCUUGAUAUCCUGCGAUAAACCAGCCACGACAACGUAGAUGCGCUCCGGUGUCCGAGGCUCCGCUGUUGAUGCCACCUGGAUUUAAUUUAAUCUGCGUUUUGACGUGUCAGCAUGAGGAUUUUAAGGUUUCUGAGGAGCAGCGUCUCCGUAGCAAAGAACAUCGACUACUACUCCAAGUUCUCCCCCUCUCCUCUGUCCAUGAAGCAGUUCCUGGAUUUUGGCUCUGAAAAUGCUUGUGAGAAAACAUCCUUCGUGUUCCUCAGGCAGGAGUUACCUGUCAGGUUGGCAAACAUCAUGAAAGAGAUCAACCUGCUGCCAGACAACCUGCUCAGUACUCCUUCAGUGAAACUGGUCCAGAGCUGGUAUAUACAAAGUUUCCAGGAGAUCCUCGAGUUCAAAGACAAAAAUGUAAAUGAUGAGAAAGUCACAUAUGAUUUCACAGACACGGUCGUCAACAUCAGAAAUCGCCACAAUAACGUCAUCCUCGUCAUGGCUCAGGGAGUGGUGGAGUAUAAGGAGACGUACGGCACCGACCCGGUGGUCAGCCAGAACGUCCAGUAUUUCCUGGAUCGUUUCUACAUGAGCAGGAUAUCCAUCAGAAUGCUGCUCAACCAGCACACGCUCCUCUUUGGUGGAAAGGUGAAGGUGAAUCCUGCACAUCCCAAACAGAUCGGCAGUAUUGAUCCAAACUGUGGCGUCAGCGAGAUUGUCAGAGAUGCUUAUGAAAAUGCCAGGAAUCUCUGUGACCGGUAUUACAUGAACUCUCCUGAGCUGAUACUGGAAGAAUUUAAUGCCAAAGAGGAUGGCGCGCCGAUCACCGUGGUUUAUGUUCCAUCUCACCUGUAUCACAUGGUCUUUGAGCUGUUUAAGAAUGCCAUGCGGGCCACCAUGGAGCAGUAUGGAGACUGUAUGGAGUAUCCUCCCAUCCACUGCCGCAUCGCCAUGGGGUCUGAAGACCUGACCGUCAAGGUGAGCGAUCGUGGAGGCGGCGUGCCGCUGCGGAAGAUCGACAGGCUGUUCACCUACACGUACUCGACGGCGCCGCGGCCGAGCAUGGACGGCGCCCGAGCUGCUCCUCUGGCCGGUUACGGACACGGCCUGCCCAUCUCCCGACUCUACGCCCGCUACUUCCAGGGAGACCUGAAGCUGUACUCGCUGGAGGGUUACGGGACGGACGCCGUGAUCUACAUCCGGGCGCUUUCCACAGAGUCCAUCGAGAGGCUCCCGGUGUACAACAAGUCCGUCUGGAAACACUACAAGACGAUCCACGAGGCCGACGACUGGUGUGUCCCGAGCAACAAGCCCAAGGACAUGACCACAUUCCGCAGCUUUUAGAACAAAACCCCGAACCGUCCUGCAGCAGCACGACUUCCUGUAAACGAAUCAGCGGAGAUUUAUAUUGAUCUGAUGAACGGGUUGAAACGUGCCAGAUGACUCCAGAACACUUUUAAUGCUGAUAGCAGAAAAGUCGUGUUACUACAAACACGAAAUUUGAGUAUAACUGGAGAAAAAAAAAACCCAUUUUGUAUUAAAGAAACAGUAGCAAUGAGUUGAGUUUUAAAUAUCAUUUU